AUGUUCUUUAUGUGUGGAGCCUGCAGUGACGACAACAUGGGUCGCAAAGAAAUCACUUGCAGUUGGAAGAAAGUCACCAACAACAUCAGAGAUGUGUUCGAAUUCAAACAAGCGCUGGGAUCGGGUUCGUUCUCCGAGGUGUAUUUGGUGCAAGAGAAGAAGACAGGAACCCUGUACGCCCUGAAGUGUCUGAAGAAAAAACACCUCAGCUGUAGCAACCUAGAGAACGAGAUCACUGUGCUGAAGAAGAUAAGACAUGACAAUGUGAUUGGACUGGAAGAUUUCUAUGAGACUCAGACACACUAUUACCUCGUCAUGCAGCUGGUGUCUGGUGGAGAGCUGUUUGACCGUAUCAUAGAUCGGGGGGUGUACACAGAGAAGGACGCCAGCCAGCUGGUCCGCCAAGUACUGCAAGCAGUCAACUACCUUCAUGAGAACAGCAUAGUGCACAGGGACCUCAAGCCAGAGAACCUGCUAUACUUCGACUCAGACGAGAACUCCAAGAUCAUGAUCAGUGACUUCGGCCUGUCCAAGAUGUCCGACCACGGAGUGAUGUCCACAGCCUGCGGCACGCCAGGAUAUGUUGCCCCUGAAGUUCUGGCUCAGAAACCGUACAGCAAGGCUGUGGACUGCUGGUCCAUAGGAGUCAUCACAUAUAUCCUGCUGUGUGGCUACCCUCCCUUUUUUGAGGACAACGAGACACGUCUGUUCGCUAAGAUCAUGAGGGCCGACUACGCUUUCCACUCGCCUUUUUGGGAUGACAUCUCUGAGUCAGCGAAAGACUUCAUCCGGAACAUGAUGCAGAAGCACCCUAACAAACGGUUCACCACAGAACAGGCCCUCAGACACCCCUGGGUCAUUGGAAAGACAGCGAGGGAUCAGGACAUCUAUAAAUCAGUCAGCAUGCAGAUCCAGAGGAACUUUGCCAAGUCCAAAUGGAGGCAAGCCUUCAACGCAACAGCAGCCAUCAAACACAUAAAGAAGCUGCAGUUGGCCCACGCCGACCCCGACGCCCCUCUCCCUCCCAUCCCUGCCAUAGCCAUCAACCCCUGCAACUCCCAGAAUCCCCUGCGGGGUGUCAACAACAUCACCAUAGAGGAUGUUGACUCCACCAGCAACCUCCCGAUCCCAGUGUGUCACAUGACCCCUCCAGAAGCACAGUACCGGGGCCUGAGAGCCAGUCACAGCGAGCCCAUGCACGCGCCGGUCGUCAUGGAGACAUAUAACGCAGAGAAUUGCUCCUCAUUCACAGCAGCUAAGAGCUGUGACGCCAUGGACAGGGCGACCAAUAGGAAUGGCCAGACGAUGCAAACUGGGGUGUGUUCUGUCAUGUGA